AUGUACACGGAGAAGCUGAACCUGAACUCGGAAAACGAGAAGAUCACGAGCCUGGACUUCCAGCCGUGCGGAGGAGCGAACCGACUAGCCAUCUCCAGUUUGCACCAAAUAAAAAUAUAUCGCAUCCCGGUGUACGAAGCAGAUUCGAGGAGGAAGAUUCACAUAGAGCUGCUCUUCAUCAGCAAUGAUCACAACCUGGUGUAUAUUAACACCAUCAGGUGGAGCUUCAACGGGCAGUACUUGGCUAGCUGUGACAGUGGAGGCACAUUGGUAUGCUACGAAUUGGACCAAAAUAAAAAUGGGAAAGUACCAGGGGAGGAAGGUAAAUCUAUAGGAAAAGAAGCAGCGGUGAAAUCUACACUUGGGAGCAUCUCCACUUCACCAUACAGCAACAAUAAAGAAGAGUGGAAAAUUACCAAGUAUAUAAAAAUUUUGGAAAAUGGGGAAAUUUUUGAUCUAGCAUGGUCGAGGGAUAAUGAACAUGUCGUGUGUGGAGUGUCCAAGGGGGUGGUUUAUAUUUUCAAUUUGAAGAAGUCCUACAUAUCUCACAAGCUGUUUGUUAAAGGGACUAGGGAGAACAUCAAGGGGGUGUCCUUCCACCCGACCAAUAACUCCAUCAUCGCGCAGAGCAGCGACAAUAUAGUGUGCCUGUGGAGGAGGAGCAUUUACGCGGGGCAAAGCGGCCACUUAUUUUCGAGUGCCGGGCAGAGCGGCCACUUAUUUUCCAGCGCCGGGCAGAGCGGCCACGUAUUUUCCAGCGCCGGGCAGGGCAAAAGGAGCUUCGAAAAAGAAGAAAACGAUUCCGCUCCUAACCAAUACGAGUGCUCAAGCGCCACCCAGGGGGACUUCCCCCAGGCGCAGGCCAUCACCAGGGAGCAUUUCGAAUGCCUUUAUGAAGAAAAAAUGAACAAGAGGCACAAAAAUUUAGACACCCCCACCAUCAGGCACAUUUACUUUGACACCUUCGGCAAGUACGCCAGCAUCACGCACAUUCCGAACAACGGCCGGAAUUGCGGCGUCCUCCUGAAGGUUGGCGGCGGAGGGCAGGUUAGCGGUGGGCAGAUUGGCGGGGGUGGCGGCGAGCAGAUCUGCAGGAAGCGGCUCUUCCUAGACGGACACGGGAGCUGCAUCCGGGUGGCCAAGAUUGGCCAGAAGGUUUUCAUUGACCGAAAGGGGAGGAAGCUGUAUAGCCUCUACUGCCAGUGUAGCGACAAUGGGGUCAUCUCCCUGUGGAAGAUCUUCCUCAAGAGGGUGAAGUGCGCGGGCAGGGCGCUCCCUCCCCGGGGCGACCCCCGCGCGGCCCCUGCCAGGCACCCCUCCCAAGUGGAGCGUGAUCGUAAGCGGCAGUUACUUCCACAACAGCAGCGGGCCGCCGCCCCCCACGCGCUACUCCCCAAAGAGAGCCAGAAAAGAAAAAAAAAAGUUAACAAGUACGCCAAGUGCUUCCUAAUCAUUCAGAGCCUGCUGGAGGAGCAGACGUGCGCAGUCGACGCCAGCUGGUCCAGCGCCUCCGACCAGCUCGUCAUUGGCGCCUCCAACGGCUCGGUCUACAUCGUGCAGGUAAACGUCCAGGCGCUGAGCCUCAGGCCCUUUUACAGCCACGUCCAGCUGGAAGUUAACCAAAUUAGGGAAGCUAACCAGAUUAGGGAAGCCAACCAAAUUAGGGAAGCUAGCCAAAUGAACCAAAUGAACGAAAUUGCGCUCAAGGGCAGUAGGGACCAGGCAGCACACACCGCUCAGCAGAGCACUGCCAAGGUAAAGCCCGGCAAAGAAAAAGGGGAAAAGAAACCCAGGAACAGAAUAACCCCCAAAAUAAAGUACCUCUACGAUGAGCAUGGGAAUAUCGUGGAAAAUGCAAAGUCGCAUGAGGUGAUUCACAUUCUGCAGUGCGAAGUUCGCACCGAUGGGGUGGAUCUCGACCGCUGCUUUGGGGGUAGCUCGAAAGGGGGUCCUUCUUGGGGGGGGGCCCUUUUCGAACGGCGCAAGUGCCGCAACGGCUCCGCUAGCCAAGCCGCUAGCCACGCCGCCAAUUUCACCUUCAACUUUGCCGCCUUCGUGAGGUCCUUCCUCUGCGUAACGCUCAAGUGCGUCGAGUUCGUGCUGAGGAGACUGCAGCCCCUGUGGGAGUCGCUCACCGCGGCCGCGGAGCCACCCCAGGAGGUUGGUAGCCAGGGCGGUGGAAGUGCUGGAAGCGGCGGGAGCGGCGGGAGCGGCGGGAGCGGUGGGAGCGGUCAGAGUGGCCAGGGCAACCAGGGCAACCAGGGCAACCAGGGCAACCAGGGCAACCAGAGUAAUAAUAGCCACCAGAGCAAUAAUAGCCACCAGAGCUGUGCUGCGGGUAGCGGCGACGGAGGCGAUGACGGGAAUGAUAGGAAUGACGGGGGGAAUGACGCCAAGGAGGAGGAGAGCGACGAGGAGGAGGACGAAGGUAAGGAGGAGGACACCCCCACUGGCAACCACUCCCACAGGGAUGGUGACAAUCGUAGGGAUAGUGACCCCCCCACUGGAAGCCACCCCCGCAUGGAGAGCAACCCCCCCCGCGGUAGCAACAGCCGAAGCGUGCACAGCAGGGGGAGCAACAGCCGCAGUGUCCCCCCCGCGGCCGCAGCGGAGGCACCGAAGGAGGAGAAGAAAAGCACCAGGCAGACCAAAGGCAAGGGCAAAAGCAAAAGCAAAACAAAAACUAAAAUGAAGAAUACAAAGGAAAAAAAGACAAAGAGUAAAAGCUCUAGGGAGAAGAAAGGCAGCAAGCUCACCCAAGGCGACAUUGACAUCGGCCACUACCUCACGAGCAGGGAAAAUUUGACCAUCCUCAAUGUGGGGUAUCUGAAUGAGGGCCACGCGGAGAAGCACAACCUCGGGGGCAGCAACGGGUUCGGCAACGGGUUCGGCCAGGACAACAGCAACGGCAGCGGAAACGGCAGCGGCAACAGCAGCAGGGAUCGGCGUACCCCCCACGCGUACUUCCCCAACGAUGACAGCAGCAGGGGAUCCCCCAUGAACUCUCUCCUUGCCGAUGAGUCUAUGGAAGAAACGAGCAAACACAUUGAUUUAAAGAUUUUAGAUUUGAUUAGGAACAACUAUAAUAAGGAGAGUUACGCAGCUACGACCAUACCUCUUCUGCGAGACGACAUCUGCAGACUCUCUGGGAUGGAGGACCCUGGGGAGAAGAACAGCUGCGUGAAUAAGCAGGAGGGGAGCUCCAGACAUCUGGGGCAGAAGGAGGCAGGAGGGAGUGGGCGCCUCUCAGAUUUGAAGGGAAGUGAAGACGGGAAGAAGAAAAACAAAGUGAAGAAGGAGAGCUGUGGAGGAGGCAAGAGGGAGGCGAAGAAGAGCGUCAAGAAGGAGCGGAAGGAGGGCACCAAGGGCGGCGAGGGGAAGAAGAGACCCAAAAAGGGUGGAGCAGCGGGAGUGGUAAAUGCGGCGGGGAAGGCGGUUGGAACGUUCGUAGAAGCGACCACACCAGGGGGGGGAGCGACCAACGGUACGGGCGACGAUAUAGCUGUGGGGACAGCUGAGGGGAUCAAUGCAGCAACGACAGUGGCGUCGGAGUGGUUGGCGGAGCGACAGGCAGAACGUCCAGCGGAACGCCCAGCGGAGCAACCCGAAGGGGAGUCUCCAGAAGGGCCUCCGGCAGACGCGAUUGUGCAGCCAGCGGAGCCGAUGAAUGGGGACCCGCCGGGGGGAAUGGCGGAGGAGGUAGCGGGGAAGUCGAAGAAGGAGGCGAAGAAGGAGGCAAAAAAGGAAGCAAAGAAAGAGGCAAAGAAAGAGGCAAAGAAGGAGGCCAAAAAAGAAGCCAAGAAGGAAGCCAAGGAGGCAAAGAAGAAAGCCAAAAAGGGAGAAAAAAACAAAAGCGAAAAUGGAGGUGAAGGCAAGGCGAUCGAAAAUGCAGGCGGCCCAGUGGAGGACAAGGGGGACGUCCAGGACGACGGGAAGGGGGAGGAUAUGAAAGGGGAUGCCCCGAAGGAAAUGUGCAGUGAAGCGAGGGAGGCUAAGGAGGCCAAGGAGGCAAAGAAAGAGGCAAAAAGGGAGGCCAAAAAAGAGGCGAAGAAGGAGGCCAAGAAAGAGGCCAAGAAAGAGGCCAAAAAGGAAGCCAAAAAGGAAGCCAAAAGGGAAGCCAAAAAGGAGGCGAAGAAGUGCCCAAGCAAAAAACCAAGUAACGACCCCAUCGAAGAUCCAAGCGGAAACCCAAGCGGAAACCCAAGCGGAAACCAGAGCGAAAACCCCAUCGCGAAAAAAAAGAAGAGGCCCAAGAAACGCAAAAGCGGAAACGACUCGGACAAGGAGUGGGAGAACUUCAACCCGCACGCGGAGCUCUGCUACCCGGAGGAAGCGCAGCUCGCACCCAAAGGGGCUCCAAGAGGAAGCAAAGAAAUAAUUGAUUCAUACACCAUAAAAAGGAAGGAAGCACAGAAAGGUAAAAGCAAGAGCAGCGAGUUUUGUUCCUCCAAUGAAGUGAACGUUGGAGAGCUGUCUAGAUCGAAUGAGGUUAAGGGGAACUACACGAGUGAGAAUCAAGAGGAUUACCCCAAUCAGGACCAGACGAGCGCGACUGAAAAACAUGGGGUGAAGCUGCAAGGGGGGCAGUUUGCACAGCCAGGUGAGCGUAUUAAGAAAGGAGGGGUAGUAAGAAAUUCGUGGCUGGAGGAUGGCGAGGGGGCACCCCGCGGGGGAAACAGUCACAUAUACGAAGGUCAAGAGGAAUGUAGUGACGCCUACGUUGGAGGGGUGUAUAGCGGCGAAUGUGAAGAUGAGCGGAUGGAGGGGCGAAGCGGUGUGCCUAACGGUGACCACGGGGAUGCCCGCUUCGUUCUGCGUAAUGGUGACUACGCGGAUGGCCGCUUGGGAGAUGGCCGCUUUGGAAGCGAUCGCUGGGGAGACCCUCCUGGGAACUACCCCCUUGACACCCACCACCGCACCAACCAGGAACGAAAAGCGAUGCAUAAGCGAAGCUUCGAACGGACGAGUCCCCACAAUUCGAAUGAACUUAGCAAAAGAGAACGUCCAAGCAAAAAAGGAAAAGUCGAGACAUCAAUUUUUUAUUCCAAUGGGAUAUCAAAUCAGAGGAUGUACAGCGCGCAAAUGAAGACAGACGUGGUGGGGUUUGGCCACGCUGGAGAGGAGGAGGAGGAGGACGCAUGGGUGCGAGGGGCGAUGGGGGAGGAAGGAGACGAUGAAGAGGGAGAGGAGUCGGUUGUGGGAGAUUCUGAGGGGGAAGAAGGCAACGGAGUGGGGGCUCGACGGGUAACGCAGCAUGGGCGAAUCACGCGCGAGGCGCUACGCAUGCCGGUGCAGUCACUUCCUAGACAACCGCUCCCCGGGCAACCGCACCUGUACGACGAAGCGGACGGCACGCACGACUACACCGAGAGGGAAGUGAAGCGGCUCGCGGAGGACUCGCCCCAGACGGAGGAGCACUACGGCUGGCCCGAGAGGGAAGGCGCAGAGGAGGAAGAGGAGACGAUCCCCUACGCGGUGAAGAAGGAAAACCCCUACGAGGAGGAUGUCCAUAGAAACGGUCUAAACGUUAACACACUGAGGAGGUACACAACAGAUAGGGUAACCAACAGCGGUGGUAAGAGGGGCCCCGCUGAGGGAGUUAAGAAAAUCGUCCGACGGGGUAACCCCCCCAGCAGGAGUUUCCCCCACGGGGAGAGGAGCUGGAAGGAUGUGUACGCCGCAUCCGGGAGAGAGGAACACGAAUUGUCUAGCAGCGACGAACACGGAGGGAGCACCACCCACAGUGAUGAUGCCAUCAACGGAAGCAACUUCACUGGAGAGGAACGACCCGACUUUACACAAAGGAGCGAGAGAAACCACACAGAUCAUGUGCAUGUAGAGAAGUACAAAAAUAGGGUAAUUUUUUUUGAUAGUAGAAGGGAGAAUUGCGUCAUCUGUUGCAUGCUGGGGGAUGACCUAGCCAACUCUGUAGGUUAUAGUGCCCAUGUAGGGAGGAGGAGGAAACCGUUUUACCUCCUGUGGGAAGAUGAAGUGGCUGGCAAACUGCUCAGGCAGCUCAUCUUUGGAGAUUACCUCUUCGUAGUAACAUCCCACAAUGGGCUGUACCUGCUGAACGUGUUCCACAUAGAGAGUAGGCUAGUCGUUUGCAAUUUCAUCCUCCCACUCACCACAGACGUUUGCGACAUCUACGUUAUAAGAAGCUUUCGCAUGGGGGUUGACACCUACACGUUCUUUUAUCUUCACGACGGCUCGAAGAGUUACUACCUCUUUCAGCUACGCAAUUAUUCUUCCGUUUCGUUUCUCUACCGUUUUGAGACAUCCGCACUGGGGGUCGAGGUGCACAGUAUGCGGAUGAACCUCAUUGAGAGACUAACCAUGGGUGGUGCUACCCAGGGGGGGGUGAAGAAGAGGAAGAAACGUCUCAGGAGCUUUGCCAGGCAUGUGCUAGCCCAACAGGGAAAGGGCGAUGUGGGUAGCGUUAGAGGUGGGGACUUCAAAGGGGGUAACACCAAAGGGGGAGACUUCAAACGGGGUAACACCAAAGGGGGAGACUUCAAACGGGGAAGUGGCCUAAGCGGGCUCCUCAAAAAGACGAAGACGAAGACGAAGCCCAGUUGCGGGGCCAUCCCCAAGGGGGGAAUGACCAAAGAGGGGAACGAUGAAAGGAAAAAGGAAAAGGAAAUUCAAAAGUUAAUAAAACAUAUGACCUUUUACGACUACCCCAGUGAGGCCUACUACGAAGGGGAGGACCCCCAGAAGGUGAACCCUAAGUGGAUGGACUUCUCUGCUAGCGGUGGGGGGAUAAAGAGGGAGAAAGCCCCCUGGGGGAGGGACACCUCCCCGUUUGGCAUUUUGGGAAAUAUGGAUGGGAGAAAAGUUCAGGGGGGGGUGCCCAUCGGGCGGCUCUCAGGUGAGGCUCGUUGCGAGCGCCGUGCGGGUAGCGCAAGUAGUGAAGAUAGCGAAGGUAUCAACGGUAUCAACCGCGUCGACCGCUUCAACCGGGUCGGCGCCACCUUGGGAAGCAGCGGCGCCCACUUGGGGGGCGAAGUGGCCAUGCCCUCCUCCCUCUUCCCCUCGAACGGAUCGGACCUGCUGACGCGUUGCCCAGUGAACCUCUUAACCAAAGUGCGCUCAGGAGGAGGAGGAGAAGAACGCUCAGCGGAUGACCACCCGGGGAGGAACUGGCUGCACCCCGCGAAGAGGAAAACGCACGUGGACGACGAGUUUGGCACCAACAUACACGGAAGUGAUCUGCUGUACGAUUGCCUUUACAGGCGGAGGAGCUUCCUCUACAGCUACUUGUGCGUGACUGUGUUUUUGAAGAAUGGGAUGGUUUUCCUGGUUCGGAGGAACUUGCUCGCGCGGGGGGGGUCGGCUGCGAACCACUCGGGGAGCCACUCCGCGAACCACUCAGGUGUGCACUCGGCGAACGGCGGGACCCCCCUCUCGCUCACCGAGCAGCUGUACCAUGACGACGGGGUGACCCUCGUGUCGCGCCUGGACAACGUCUUCUACAACCAGUCGCUCUACUGUGAUGUGCAGGUUGAGGAGGCGGGCGGUAUGGAGGAGGGCUGCGUGGAGGUUGGCGGCGCAGACGUUGGCGGCGCAGAUGUUGGCGGCGCAGAUGUUGGCGGCGCAGAUGUUGGCAUCGCCGAUGGUGGCGGCCUCCUCAGCAGAAGCGCCGCCAACCUCCGCGCAGGGGGAACCCCGCACAUCAGCACGUGCGACAACCUGCACGCAAUACAAAAGGAGGGGCUAAAAAACCUGUACACGUUCAGCAACUUUUUUAGCGUCUACGAUUUUGACUUGAAGCAGCUGCUCAGGGGGGACGACCUCUUUGAGGAUGCGAAGGGGGGGAGGACAGGGAAGAAGACGGUGAAGAGGAGGAAGAAGAUGAAGAGGAUGGAGAAGGCGAAGAAGAAGCAAACCGGGAAGGCGAAGCAAACCGAGAAGGUGAAGCAGACCGACGGGGAACACCCGCAGGGAGGAAGAGAAGACGCCGGAGGGGAGGUCCCCCAGGAGCACCACGCAGAUGCGAGUGGCUUCACCGCCAAGACAGCAGCGGGGCAAUUCCCACACAUAAGCGAAACGCAAAAGAGGCACUCCAUUUCGAAGGGAAAAAAUUGCCUUUUGAAAGACGUCAGUCCGGGGCACAGUGGGAUGAACCUUUUGAAAGACGUCAGUCCGGGGGGGGAGUCAAAGGGCCCCCAUUUGGAGGUUACCAAGUUGGAGGUCGCCCAGUUGGAGGCCGCCCAGUUGGAUGAGCCGAAUGGCCGUCCCCACACUGGCAGCAGCCCCACGACGGGACACCCCCCGCCCUGGAGCGGCUCCAGCGGGGUAGGCAGCGGGGCAGGCAGUGAAGCCGUCAGCGAGGAUUUCAGUGGUACCGACGGCGAACUGUCCAGCGGUGCCUCCUGCGAAGCGUUCAGCGGGGUGCCCACUCGCAAGCGGCGGCGGCGCCGCGCGAGCAGCGCCGUGGGGAAGAACCCCAACGUGUACCUCAAGACGGUGAAGUUCCUGGAGAUGCAAAUGCGCUACAGCAUUUUACUGAUGAACAGAAGGACCUUCCUAAAAUAUUUGCACGUUUAUCUGAACCUGCUGUUGGAGUAUCUUGACGUCCAGAGGAUCCAGCAGGGCUUCCAGUAUUUCAUCCACACAGCUUUGAACCACUCGCAAGCCUUCCUCUCCGACUUACACAUUUCCUUAGAAAGGAUAGACGAGCCGUACUGGGUGGACACCGAUGCCUUGCUCUGCAUGAACGUCCAUUUUCUGUUUUUGGUUUUUUUUAUUUAUGAGCAUUUUUUGCUGCCCAUCUACAACAGGGUGAGGAGUAGGAAGGACGGCGGCCAGGGGAACCCCCGCUUCCAGCCCUUCCUGGCCUUCCUCGGGGAGGCGCAGAACUGCAUCUGCCACAUCCAGCGGAUCUUCCAGCGCAACUUUCGCUACGUGGCGUCUUCCUGA